AUGUCUAUGAAAGCCACCAUCAUCGGAUGCCUGGCCGUGCUGGUGACACUGGUUGCGGCCCUCGAUGAACACCCUCAUUUCUGCAUUAAGACAGAUCCCAUCCUUCUGUCGGAGAUCGAUCGACAUGUGGUCAUCCCCAGCGAGGAGGACCUACAGUGCCACAUUAAGGCCACCACGUUGACCCAAAACGAGAAGGCAAGCCUCGUGGACACCCUGUGCGCAGAUCACGGCUCCACCACAAUCAAGCGGGAUAACCAUCACUAUUUUAAGCUGCGCAACGGAGAACUGACUGGAAGGGGAGUCCAGGCGGAGGUGUGCGCCAACGGAGGUGAUUCGGUCCUGGCCUGGAUUCCCUACCACACCGUGCUCAAGAACUAUGCGGCCGAACUGAAUCCUAAGGAGCGGCUGACAUACAUUGCCAAGGCCACGAACGUGGAGCGGGAGAAGACUGAGCUCUGUCACUUCCGACACACGGAUCUUGUCAAUGCGGUGUCCGACAAUCUGUUCACCUGCGUGGUCAUGAUCUUUGGCGAUAACUUUUAUGGUCUUGAGGAUAACAUUAACGUACUGGUGGAACUGGAACCUUUGGCCUACCAGCUGAGGAACAUUACUUACCUGCCGUGGCGCAAUGUGACUAACAGCUACAAGAUGCACCUGGGCGACAGUGUGCUCCGAAAUCCCAGCGGCGAACGUAAGCCCAUUUACGGGAGCCUGAACUACGACUUUGUGGAGAAGAUCCUGGUGAACAUGUCCAGUGUGUACCAGCAUAGGAAACUAUCCAGGCUGCCUCUGCUCUUCGAGCACCGGUCUUCUGUUCUCGAGUUGGACUCGUAUGGAAUGGGUGGCCUGGAUGUUGCGGAAAAAGCCUAUUUCGGACGAAGCAUGGACCCCAGAAGCGAGGUGAAGGUGCAGGUGAUUGGCCAGUGGGUGGACCAGCAUCGGGAGUUCGGCGCCGACAUUUACGAGUACUAUGGCCAUGGGCUGAGACGCUAUAAGGAAACUCUGACCGGGGCACGGCUCACUUUCAUCCGAAUAGACAACACGGAACCGGUUUUCAUGGCUCCGGAGUCUAGCAACCUGGCCAAGGCCUCGCUUUUCCGGGAGCCGAAGGUUGGCCAGAUAAGGGAGGAUUCAGCGGGCAACUAUACCGAGUGGGAGAACGCACAGGAAGAAGAUUACGAUGAAGAAGGUCCAGGAUUCUACUGCUGGUUUGUGGUUACUUGCCUGCUCUUGGCCAUCGCUAUUAUCCUGGGCAUAUACAUUGUAGUCAGCGCUCACAACAGGAGAAACAAGAAGCGCCAGAUGUACGAAGUGGCCAACACGAAUGUGCCUCCACCCGCCUAAAAAUUAUGAACAUUAAGUUAAGUUUUCUAAAUCAGAAAAUAACACCAGGAUCAACAGGUGUUUUUAGUUCGAAAUGUCAGUUUAAAAAACGAGUUGGCAGCUCUAUUGCUAUGUCCUCGAAUUAAAAUUUGUGUUCGUUUUUUGGGUUAGAUUUAUUAAAAUUUUCGGCUUCAAAAUGUUAAAGUGAGUUAAAUAACUGUUGUGUGUCUCAUUAAAUAUGUAAAGAAAUCCCUUGUUAUGAACGGCAAAGAAUGGCUCUAAAAUCGAUAAAUUAAAGAGACUUGUGAGCUGAAGACCCCACAUCGAAUACCUAAGUUGUAAAUUGAGAAAAGUUUUUGUUUUUGACUAUAGAAUAUAAUAGAACCCGCAUACAUGCAUGUCGAAUGGGAAAGUGACGGCCUUGCCUUUUGGCUGCAUUCAGAGUCAAUGUCAAGGAUGUGAGCUUCAUGGAACAAUGGAGGCGACAAACGAUGUGGCGCCCAGUUGCCCACUUAUCCACAGCCCUGACAAUGGCCUUCCGAGGCACCAGUUCCAGCCCCAGCCCCUGCCACGCCCCGCUUCAUCCGAACUGAGCUGAGAGCUGUGUGAAUAAAUUAUCCGUGGGUGCAGCACGGACGCCCCAGGGUCAAUGGGAUUGCCUCUGGGGGAUUGGGUUGGAUUUCAGGCCAACUAGCAGGUAUAACUCUUAUCGGUUAUGAAUGGGCUUCCCUGCUGGGUGUUAUGUGGGUGGAAUAGAGUGGGCGGUGCCUAUCUCGACAAGACUGCUGGGUCUAUCACCCAUCGCGGCUCAGACUGAUGUAAAAAUACCCGAAGGUUACGUCACUCCUGCCAGUUUCCAUUGUGGAUGUGCCACAAAUGAAGAGCUAGUCAAAGCUCACGCGAUUCUAUUCGAUGUGCUCUGGUUUAUUACCAUUCAAAGUAUCUACAUAUUACAAAGCGACGUCGCCAGCGAACACUUCCGAUAAUGGCAAAGGUAUGUACCUGAAGUGCAAAUGUAUCUACACAGUUAAAAGCACAAGGAAAAGUAUUUCAAUUGUUUCAUAUUAACAACAACAGGGAGAAGUGAAUAACUUUUACCAGCACAUUCCUUAGGUUGAAUUGGAAAGUUAAACUAAGUUAACAUUCAUAUGAUAUGAUAACCAAAUCUCAAUUCAAUUGUAUCUUUACUGUUUGGAAACUUCUAGAGCCCGCCAGUGGAAUGCCGUCACCCGCUGAUAAUAUCAUCGAUGGCUGCGCCACUGGCAGCAGUAAAGCAUCCUAAUCUAUUUCUGAUUCCUUGUCGAGAACUUCCAGACAGUCCGUAUCAACAUGCCCCUUGCACCGAUCACACCUAUGGAUUGGUCAACCAUAAUGGAGCGGAAUAUUCUGAGAUAAGAUGCGAACGAUAAUGGAACAAUUGUCAACAUCGGCAGCUGUUCGCACUCUUUUUUCAAAUUUGUUUGGUGCCUUUCCUGCUAAUUUAAUUAGGCCGCUCUCCACUCAUGAGCCCCAAUUGUGCGGAAAUCGGUGGGAGCCCGAUUCUAUUUACCAUAUAGAGGGUAGCUUCCGUCAACAAAUAUUUGCACCGGAAUUUUUGUGGCCAAACAGUGGGCAGAAGUCGCUUUGCAGAUUGGGAGGAAAAAACAGUUUACCAAAGAGACUUUUCAUUGUUUAUUGUUUUUGUCACAAUGGGCAAUUAAAUUGGUUUCUUGGAAUUGCAGAUUGGAUUUUCAGCUUAAAGCGGUGAGAUCUAUUAAUAGAGUUCAUCGCAUCCACCAGGAACCUUUGUUGACCUACUAAAUGAUAUAGAUACAAACACAGGACACUCUUCCAAUGGGAAUAUUGAGAGCGCGCGCGUGUCCUGUGACAAUUUGUCAUCUAUAUUCAAAUCCGAGAAAAAUCAGUUGGGAAAUAAGAAAACUUAUUUUUGAGCUGGGAAAAGAACCACUAUUUCGAAGAAGAGCGCAGCACCACAGAGUCAGAAAGAGAAGGGUGCGCGGGAAAAGAGAACUUAUGCGCGUAGAAAAACUCUUGGUCGGUUAGUCUAGAAAAAUAUUAUCAUAGUUUCUAAAUUUUAUUAGAUUUGUGUGGGUGCCAUCCAAGUAUAAAUAUUUCAAGCCUUCGAUAUGUUCGAAUUCGUUCUUAAUAUGUUAAGGUUAGUAUUUUAUUAGGGUUUUAAAAUUAACUGAAUUUACCAACAACCGCCCGUUUUCUUCAGUGCACGAGCUGUUCACAAAGUAUCUGGAGAGCGCAUCGGCUCUACUAUCUGACUCGCUUAUACUCACACAGACAGCCGCUGUGCGGGCGAACAAGUGUCGCGGUGCCUGCAGUCGUCCCACUCUAGCCAUCGUACCGUGUACCUCUUUCUGGGAAACGUCGCUCGCUUCGUUCAAUUGUUUUACAAACUUCGCUCGGAACGGACGUGUGCGCGAUCUGAAAGGAAAAAGUGAAAAAGUGUGUGACAAAGUGCAAAUAAGCCACAACGCGCAUGUGAGAAAUCAAAUUUAAUUGAGAAGCAUCAAAAAUUGUAUACAUAUCGAGCGUAUCCACAUCGCUGUAUGUGUGUGUGUGCCAGUGCUAGUGUGGUUUUCCCUUUUCGCCGUG